AUUGGUAAAGGAUUCUUGGGAAGCGCCAACUACCGUUCUCCUGGUUAGUGUUGACAGUAUUACUCCCCUCCAUAAUCAAUUGCUUCAUCUCCAUUUCCAACUUUCAAUUUCAAACUCUUUCUACUUGACUUUCUCUCACUAAAACAAACAACAAAAAUCAAGCAGAAGAUGAUGCGUUAUACUGCAAUCACACUUAUUCUCCUUUCAUUAUUACUUUUCAUUCUCUCUCCUUCCGCUCACGCCACCGAUAUUCGAUAUUGUGAUAAGAAAACUGAUUAUGAAGUGAAGGUACACGGGGUUGAAAUAUCACCUGAUCCAGUUGCUAGAGGCCAGCCAGCUACCUUCAGUAUCGCUGCAUCUGCUGGAAAUGCCAUUUCCGGUGGGAAAUUGGACCUUGAUGUUGCAUACUUUGGAUGGCAUGUGCACAGUGAAACCCGUGAUUUAUGUACUGAGACUUCUUGCCCAGUCUCAACUGGUGAUUUUGUAAUUUCACAUUCCCAGGUUUUGCCAAUAUUUACUCCACCGGGUUCCUACACUCUGAAGAUGAAGAUCCUGGAUGCAAACAAGCGUCAACUAUCCUGUGUUGCUUUUGAUUUUAGCAUUGGAUUUGGAUCAUCUAUGGCUGCGAACUUUCUGAUGUAAAAAUCAAAUUUAUGUACAAACUUUCUUAACCUAUCUUGCUGACAAAAUUAUGUAAAUACUUGGUAUGUUUCUUACAGAAUUGAUACAAGUUUGAAGUACAUACAAAGCACUUUAUAUCCUGUUUCUGUAUACAAGGUGAUAUAUAGCUAUCUACUAUAUCUAAAAUUGGUUGCCACAUUAA